AUGGAACCGGGUGACGUUGGAACCCGACAGAGUAGUCUUCCUUCUACUCCUACGCGACCUGAGCAUCAACCUCUGCAACCUCCCCAUCCGCAACAGCAACACCGAGAAGCCGUCGACCGACGGUACCUGGACCAGCCUGUCAUGGCAGCAGCCUCAGUUCUUGCCCCUAACGCCCAUUAUCCGCCGCAGCCAUAUCCCACCAGCUAUUCUCAUCCGCCUUCAUCUGGGCCAACCGUUGCCAACAUGAUCUCCUCAGAGCCUCGACGACCGUCUCCCGACAACGAGUCCUCGACUCGUCAGUCACUACCGUCAAUCUCAGAAGUCAUUUCGGGUGCGCGACCCGGGCAGUACCCCCCGCCCGCGCACCCUCCUCUGCAGCCUGGCGCAAGUCUGCCGUCGCCGUUUGCCCCUUCUGCUCGACAGUAUCCCGAGGCCGACAAGCACUCAUCGCAGCCUCUGCACCCCGCUGCUUUCCCUCCUCGGCAGGAGAGCCACGCUGCCUACUCAGAUUCCCCCAGAGCACCCUUUAGCAAUGGCAGGCCCGGUCUGCCGCCGCCCGUCACGAUGCUCAUCCCCUUCCCCAUCCUGGCCGAGCCACCGAAGCCGUCUGAUCACCGCUUGAAUGGCGUGUAUUCCCAACCGCCGCCGCCGCCGACUUCUGUUCCUUACCAGCCGGCACAGCUCCCCCCCGGCCAGCAGCCGCUCCCUCCUUAUCAGGUUUCGCCUCGAGGUCACCCGGCUUCGCAUCUGCCGGGGCAGUAUGAUGCUAGGCCGGCGCCCACGCACGCCGAAGAGGCCGAGUACGCUGCCAGGGCUCGUUACGACAACGGGACAUCCCGAUCGUUUGAAAGCUGGAGUUACCAGGAGGCUUUGAGUCGAAUUGGAACCUGCUCGCGCACCAUCUUCAACUUCGCCGAGGCCUACGGGCGCAUCGCCCAGGAGCAGCACGGAUCUCAGCCAAUCCCUGAACGCCUGCCGACUGAACGGGAAGUGAGCGAUAUGCUCUCCAACGUCGAGUACCUCAAGCGCUCUCUUGAGCAAUGCAGAGAAGUGAUCGUGGCAUCGCUGCAGAGCGAGAGGGCCCGCGAAGGUGCCAAGCCGCCAAAGGGUCCUUACGAAGAAGACCAAGACGUUCCCAUGUAUGGAGACUCCAUCAAGCCACCAUAUGGCAUGACGGAAGUCAAAAAGCGCCGAGGGCGCGCUGCUCCUCCUGGCCGAUGCCACAGCUGUAAUCGCAUCGACACACCAGAAUGGAGACGGGGUCCCGAUGGUGCCAGAACGCUGUGCAAUGCUUGCGGUCUUCAUUACGCGAAGUUGGAGCGCAAGCGCCAGCUGGAAGCCAGAUCACUACGGCCCAAGCCCGAGGAGCGAAGCUAG